AUGGCGCAACCCGUCGUACAGCAGCCUACUCUCUCGCCGCCGCUUUCGCCCUCUGGCGUCGGUCUAGCCUCGUUGGUCAGAUCGCCCAGUUCUGAACUCAGUGCCAAAGCCGCCAUUUUUGCCAACGGCAAUUCAACUGCCAACAAUGCACUGUCAAACGGUGUCAACAAGACUCUUAAGGAGAGCAACGGCUCCCAAUCGCAUCAUCGCCACAAGUCUCGUCCGCGUCCCUCUUCCAGUAGAUCUGGCAGCAUCAAUGGAUCUCAGCCACAUACCAACGGCGCUCCAUCGCGCCAGCAUCAGCAGCAGCACUUUGGAGGCGUCGAGGCUGCAAAAGACCCAUCUAUCGCCAAGGCGCCUGGUGCUAGCUUUUCCAUCGCCACCAAGCCACAAGAUCGAGAUCCCAGCCUCCUGCGUCAACCACCGCAGCAGAAAGGGUUCGACGGGUUGGGCAGCUAUCAGCUCGAUCACAAUGGCCGCAUCCCGGCCAGCGAGUACAACUACAUGCAGCGCGACAAGCUCGUAGCAAGCGCCCAAGAGUCGGCCAUCCGCUCCGGCAACUUCUACUGGGUCGCACUCAUGGAUCUCGCUCAUCUUGCCUCUCAGCAUCACUUGAGCCCUUACAGCGCCCUGAAGUUUGGCCCUCGCGGUUCGCCCUUCGCCUACAUCCCCAUCACGCUGCAGCAGCCCCAGGUGGUCGAAAAGACCAUGCUCCGACAGAGGCAGGAAGAGGUGCUGGCCAAGGCGUGGCUCAUUACGAAGCGACAGAAGAAGCUCGGGCUUGUCCCCGAUGGUCAUGUGCCCUUGGACAGCAACAACGACCUGCCCGUGCUCACGUUGCCUUCCGAAAUGUUCAAACCGAUCAAUGGCAAACAGGCCAACGGAACAGCACCGCCGCAGAGCAUCGGGACAAAACGACCCGCCUCGCUCACGACACCUCCAGAAACGCGCGCUAGAAGCGUCUUCCGCACCGACCCCGUCGACACUGAUGAGGCCAAGAAGGUGGAGCGCGAUCUCAGCGAGGCCAUGGCCGACUCGAUCGAUGCUUCUCGUUCGCCGCCCAUGCAAGUUCUGGCGCCUGCCUCGAGCGCGGCAUCGUCGUCCGAAGAAGACUUGUCGGUCACUCCGGCCAAUGCAGAUCAAGUAGACCUCUCGCGCUUCGAUCGUUCCACCAGGAUGGUCGAGGUCGGUACCAGCAACGAACCCAAGGCUGCGAUUGCAAGCACGCAUCAGCAGCAGCUAGCGGCGAAAGACGAUGGCGCCCAGGACGGCAUCGCGGACGAAUUGAUGACCAGCUCGCAGGCGGGUAGCAGCGUCGAAGUGGGGGGACCCAUGGACGAGGAGCGCAUCAUGGCUCAGGAGAUGGAGAAUGCCACUCCCUCGGACAAGCCUGCUCAUCCCGACGCCAGCAAGGACGCUUCGCUCGGAUCCCUGGCACAUGCAAACGGCAACUCGUGCGGUUCUGCCACCAACAAUGGCGCUGAGUCGCACAGCCGUUCGAACCACGAGCAACUUCAGAACCAGCUCGCAAUGAAGACGUCGGACACCCAUCCAAUUCACAUCAGCCCCAUUCUUCCGGACGAUCUGCUGGCAGAAGUCGGUCGUCGCAUCUACUCUAUUGCUGAACCGCAGUUGCUCCGGCUGGGCUCAAUUGUUGGCAACAGCAGCGCCGACAAGGGCGAUGCUGCAAAGCAGCAACAGCUCACCGCCUUGUCACGACGCUACUUUGAAGAGCACGCGCGCGAACAGGUGCAAGGCGAACGUCUGAUUCGGCUGCGCAACAUGCUCGAUCUUACCUCGGUCACAGCCACUGAUCCAAGCGCCAACUACCUGUCGCAAUCGCAGCUCGCCGAGCAAGCGUCCAAGGAGAACACAUUGGCCUUGUCCUCCGUUAGCGAUCCCGGCGAAAGUCGCGGGCCUACGAUCGGCAACCUACUGCUUUCGUCUUGUCCCGGAAAGAAAGUACGGCUGUCCGGGCCUGUACGUGGUCGAGGCGCCAUCUGUCGCGAUCUCGGGUUGGACCUCGCGCGCAUCUACAGCAUCGGCGUCCGUGCGGUUGUCUGCUGUCUGAACGACGAGGAGCUGUCGUACCUCGGUGCGCCUUGGGACGAGUACGAGCGCGAAGCCGACCGUUUGGGGUUGGAUGUCUACCGGCUUCCGAUGGCCGAAGGGUUUGCGCCUACCAACGUGCAGGAAAUGGACGCAGCCAUGACGUCGAUCGUGACGGAUUGCACGAUGAAGGGCACCAAUGUGCUGGUGCACUGUCGAGGCGGCGUCGGCCGAGCAGGGUUGAUCGCGUGUUCGUGGUUGCUCAAGAUGGGCUUUGUUGGUGAGCAGAGCAAGCGGGGUCUGGAAAUGGAUGUGGAUCUUGAAGCGGAGAAGCUGGACGGGCACGGGUCGAGUCGCGAGAUUGUGGAGCGAUCGACCAGUGCGCAUUCUCACGGUGCUAUCGUCAAUUCGACGGGCAGUGACGGAAAGCAGCAGGAACAGGAAGAGUCGGAAUGCGAGACCAUCCUAGACACGGUCAGCUGUCUGAUCGACACGAUUCGUAGAAGGCGCAGCCCCAAAGCGAUCGAAACGGCCGAACAGGUGCGAUUCCUAGUCGAGUAUGUCACGUUUUUGCACCGUCAGGAACGGCUCAAGGCUUCGUAUGACAGCUCUUCGUCUUGA